AUGGCUGCAGCCCGCGCUAUGCUCGACGAGGAGCAUGCUGACUGUCCACGGCAAGCUAAUGACAUGAAUUCUUAUGUGCUGGGGAGCAUCAAAAACCACAACGUGGUAUUAGCUUGCUUGCCGGCUGAUCAGUACGGAACGAACAAUGCUGCGAGUGUUCUGAGUAAUAUGAGAAGGACGUUCCCCAACAUCGAAAUCGGAUUAAUGGUAGGCAUUGGUGGCGGAGUGCCGCUCAAAGCUGAUAUAAGACUUGGAGAUAUUGUUGUGGGUGUCAGGGUUAUGCAGUAUGAUAUUGGAAAAACACUCAGCGGCGGCUUCCAACGGACGGGAGUUCCCAAGAUACCCGACUCUACCAUCCGAACAGUCAUCUCAAAUUUGAGAUCACGACAUGAACUUAGUGGGAGCCGAGUUCCUGCGAUCUUGCGGGAGAAGAUGGGGAGCUACGCCGCUUAUUCUCGACCAAGCGAGCCAGAUCGCCUCUUUCAGCAGUCGUAUCAUCACCCCCUUUGGGUCUCAUCUUGUGAUGAGUGCGAUUCGGCUAAGUUAGAGACGAGAAAAAUGCGAUUGUCUACCGACCCGGCCAUUUAUUAUGGUGGCAUUGGCUCGGCAAACACUGUGAUGAAGGACUCGACUAUUCGUGAUCAGAUCGCCCGAGAGCUGGACGUGCUUUGCUUCGAGAUGGAGGCUGCUGGUUUGAUGGAUAUCAUGCCUUGUCUGCCUAUUCGUGGUAUCUGCGACUAUUCGGACUCUCACAAAUCGAAAGAGUGGCAGCGGUAUGCUGCAGCGACUUCAGCAGCUUACGCAUAUGAGUUCUUGGAACUAUGGAGGGGAGACUCUCAAGCAUCGUACGUUGGUCACCAUCAACCGCAAUCUGAGCACAACAUGAUGUCCGGGCGUCAUGAGCAGAUACUAAAAUCUUUGGACUUCGAACAAAUCGAUGCUCGGAAGUUGACCAUUAAAGCAGCACAUUCAAAGACCUGCCGUUGGUUUCUGAAACAUCCCGACUACCUUUCGUGGAUUGACCGGCAGCAGAUAUCACAGCAUCAUGGUUUCCUGUGGAUCAGAGGAAAACCCGGUGCUGGAAAGUCUACCAUCAUGAAGUUCAUCUAUUUGGAGUCGAGGAAGAAAGACAGAAAAAAACAGAGCCUCACCGCCUCAUUCUUUUUCAACGCCCGUGGAGAGUUGUUGGAAAAGACUGUCUCGGGAAUGUACCGAUCAUUACUUUUGCAACUGUUCCAUGGAUUUCCAGAUCUCGAAUGCGUCUUGGAUGACCCAGAUCUUUUGCCUCGAAACCAAAGUGGUUGCCCUCCUUUGAACGUCCUGAAAGACCUCCUCCGCGUUGCAGUUGCCAAACUUGGUCAAAGAUCAUUCAAAUGCUUCAUCGAUGCCCUUGAUGAGUGCGACGAGCAGCAAGUUAUGGACCUAGUCGAAUACUUCGAAGAUUUGGCCGAGCAAUGCACAGAAGACAAUGUUAAUCUUCGUGUCUGUUUCUCCAGUCGUCAUUACCCCUACAUCGAUAUAAAAUUCGGCAUUCGUAUCAUCCUCGAGGAACAAAUGGGACAUGCCAGCGAUCUCGAGAUUUAUAUCAAGACUCAUCUUCGAAUCAAAGACAGGCCACUCCUAGCAGAACUCCAAGAGAAAAUGCUUGAGAAAGCAGCGGGAGUGUUCCUCUGGGUUGUGCUUGUGGUCGACAUCUUGAACAAGGAGAAUUGCCGUGGGCGCCUGGCUAUGAGGAGAAGGCUUGAACAGGUGCCCAGUGGCUUGGGUGAUCUGUUCAAAGACUUACUGAAGAGAGACACGACUAACAUGGAAGAACUCCAACUAUCUCUUCUUUGGAUUCUACUCAGCGCAAGGCCAUUGAAACCACAGGAAUACUAUCAUGCGAUCUGGUCAGGGCUCCAUUUGGAGGGACUAGCAGACCUUGACAUUCCAGAAGUUGUUACAGAGGACUCCGACGAUUGCUUUGCCCGGUGUGUCAUCAGUUCAUCUAAGGGUUUGGCUGAGAUCACAAAAGUCAAGCAGACAAGAGUUCAAUUCAUACACGAGUCUGUUCGCGACUUCCUUAUCAAAGAUAAAGGUCUCCACGAGUUAUGGCCAUCGCUUGGGCCUGAAUGGGAGAGUGUCGGCCAUGACAGGCUGAAGCUAUGCUGCUAUUCAUAUUUCGAGCUUGUCACUAGAAAGAAUCUAAUAGGAGAGGCUUGUCUUGUCUGGGAUAAGCUUCCGCUGGAGACAGAGAAAUAUCCCUUCCUCGAAUAUGCUAGCCAAUUCGUUCUGCAUCACUCUGACUUUGCAGCAUGUGCAGCUGAUCAGCAGAUUUUCCUGCAAAGCUUCCGGACUUCUGUUUGGAAACGGGUCUUCAAUGUGUUCGAGAAGUUUCAGGUUCGCAAAUAUACUCCAGAUGCAGGGUUGUUAUAUAUACUUGCAGACAGAGGGUAUUCAUCACUCAUACGGGCAAGACUAAAGACUGACCCUGUUGUUGAGACGACUUCAACCGCAGACAGAUAUGUUUAUCCUCUGAUAGCUGCAAUGGCCAAAGGGAACAAAAGCAGCGUCAUUGCUCUCCUAGGUCUGAACUCUGGGCUUUAUGAUGGGAGUGAUAUCACAGAAGGAUUAAUGCCCAACAUUGACGCUGGCGGUGUCUCCCGAAACCCACUAUCUUGGGCCUGUGAAAAUGGCCACUUUGGAAUUGCAAAGGUUCUUGUUGAAAGAAACGGCCAUUCCACAAUUCAUGGUAAAAGGAAAUGGCCACCGCUGCUACUCGCGUUGAAAAACGGUCAUACCGACAUAGGAAAGUGGCUGAUCAAGCACGGAGCGGAUAUUCACGCAGAAUUCAUGACCGAAAGCGCCAUCUCGAUAGCCUCAAGCAAAGGCCAGGCGGAAAUAGUCAAGCUACUAAUCGAGGCUGGAGUAUAUCCUAGUUUGCGUACUCCGGAUGGGACUUCUACCCUAUUAUGUCGAGCUGUGGAUCAUGCACAUGGAGCAAUUGUGAAGCUUCUUUUGGAGAGAGGGGCAGAUGUCGAGGGCAAAGCCAUUGAUGCCAUGAGCCCCCUUGCUCUCGCUGCAAUGAAACCAGGAUCCAAGGAAAUAAUGGAAACACUACUCAACCAUCGAGCAGAUGUCAAUAGCCGAGAUAACAACGGUGAUACACCUCUCCUUAAGGCUGUAAGAUGGGCAUCUGUCGAUGAAAUCGAGCUUCUGGUGAGAAACGGAGCGGAUGUGAAUGCUCGAAACAAAGCAGACGAGACAUGCCUUUACAGAGCAAUGACGAGGAAUGAAACAAUCUUUGAGGUUGUUCGAGUCCUUCUGGAAAAUGGAGCAAGAGUUAAUGAUCGCACCACAAGAGGCUAA